CAGCCGCAGUUGACGCUGCUUCGCGUUAGCCGGUGGAGGUCAGAGAAGAGAAACUUGGAUCAGGAAAAAAUGUCGGCUGCUAGUUUCACGUCCUUGAGCCGCUGUGGGGCUUUGGCUUUCCGCUCUCCUGCCGGACUGCUGGCGGUGCGGUAUGCCCAGACAGCAGCAGCUCCAGCUGUUCAGCCCAGGAUAAAGAAGUUCCAGGUGUACAGAUGGGAUCCAGACACACCUGGAGACAAACCCCGCAUGCAGACGUAUGAGAUCGACCUCAACAGUUGCGGCCCGAUGGUUCUCGACGCUCUGAUCAAGAUAAAAAACGAGAUGGAUCCGACGCUGACCUUCCGCCGCUCCUGCAGAGAAGGAAUUUGUGGAUCCUGUGCGAUGAACAUAAACGGAGGAAACACGCUCGCCUGUCUCAACAAGAUCGACACCAACCUCAGCAAGCCCAGCAAGAUUUACCCACUUCCACACAUGUAUGUGGUCAAGGACCUGGUACCUGACAUGAGUAACUUCUACGCUCAGUACAAGUCCAUCGAGCCGUACCUUAAGAAGAAGGACGACUCAAAGGAAGGGAAGGAGCAGUACCUGCAGUCUGUGGAGGACAGACAGAAGCUGGACGGGCUGUAUGAAUGCAUUCUGUGCGCCUGCUGCAGCACGAGCUGCCCGAGCUACUGGUGGAACGGAGACAAGUACCUGGGGCCGGCUGUGCUCAUGCAGGCGUACCGCUGGAUGAUCGACUCGCGAGACGAAUUCACAGAGGAGCGUCUGUCCAAGCUGCAGGAUCCCUUCUCGCUCUAUCGCUGCCACACCAUCAUGAACUGCACCAAGACCUGCCCGAAGGGCCUGAACCCAGGAAAAGCAAUCGCUGAGAUCAAGAAGAUGAUGGCCACAUACAAGGAGAAGAAGGCAGUGGCUGUUUGAAACUUCAGCUCUCCUUUUCUACAUCUUGAUUAUUAAAUUAUUGAUUCUAAAACGCUCUUUGAGGUUCGACGAGCCUGAACAUCGGUCAUCUCCGCCUGUCUGGCUGGAGGACUUGGUGUUACACAGACGCACAAGUACGGUAUGAAUGCUGGAGAGAAUGGGUGUCUGAGUCCUAGCAGAUGAUUUUAUCUCCAACCCUACUGUGUGGAUGUUUGUGUACGUGGGAGACAUUUUGCUUCACAUUAAAGUGGGAGAACCAAGGCUUUUUCUUAUGUCUAACCAAACUCCUCCGUUUUUUGGGCUUUCAGUUUUGCACUCGUGUGAAGGCAUACAGUUGUUCCCUCCUAACCAACAGCACUCUUUGUUUCUGAUGGAAAAUAAAUAGUUUCAGUGGCAGCAA